AACCCAUUAGCUCAUUACAGCAGUCCUUCUCUCAUAUUCUUCUAAUGGUUAGGGAGUGUGUUAGUUAGCCAUAGUUUAAAGAUCUCCAUGAAGGACAACUACAUGGACAAAAGAGCAAACAAUCUAACUGAGCAUUUAACUGUUUUUAGGAAGAUUAACUCGUGACUAGAUGAAAAUGUACUUGAAGAAGUGAACUGCUUUAUUGUUACUCAAGAAAUCCCUGGAAGAACAUCUGGAGCGUGCGGACCAAUAGCUUGAAGGAUGGCAUUUUGAAGGCGUUUCUGUGCAAUGAAUGUCGUUUUGGAUCACACUGACUUUGAAUGCAAGGUCAAAAACAGACAAUUUUCAAAAUAUGUCCCACAGAAGAAAGAAUGUCAAACUUAAUUUGGAAACAGUUGGAACAACAUGAUGAAUGCAGGCUGUGCCUGGUUUUAGGUGCAGAGAGCAGGGCGAGAGCUCUUUGCAGCAACUCAUGCCAAGAAUGGUUCGGGUAACGGGAGCAGGAGGACCAGGUUCCAGUGCUGAGGGUCUCCAGGGGCCUCUCAGAUCUUUGAAACCCCCUCGUGAGCUUAGUGUGGAGGAACAACAGGAGCUACGGAGAAAGAUCAACAGCCGUGAGAGGAAGAGAAUGCAGGACCUCAACGUGGCCAUGGAUGCUUUACGAGAGGUCAUGGUGCCCUACUCUUCUCCCACUGGUGUAGGUGGAGCACUGCAGCACCCUUACCUCCCUCCUGGAGCCCCUCCGACCGGACGGCGCCUGUCCAAGAUCUCCACACUGGUGCUGGCCCGUAACUACAUCCUGCUCCUAGGCUCCUCCUUGCAGGAGAUGAGGCGUCUGCUGGGCGAGGUCAGCAUCGGGAUGGGCAUCAGUGGGACUGUACCACGUCUGCUGCUGACAGGGGGGUGGCCGUUUCUUAACGGGCCAGGACAGCUUCUGCUUUCCCCUCCUGAGCAGCAAAUGGGUGCAGCAAAGUGCCCCUUUCUGCUUCAGGGUACCCAGGAGGAGCCCUUGCCAUGGGGGUCAGGCAGAAUAUCGGAGAACCUGGUGUGCCAGUGUGGGGUGUGUCGGACCACACGGGUGGUGCAUGUUAAUCCCGCCAUACGUUUCCCAAAGUGAUUCCAACAUGGAGAAAGGCUAAAAAAAUAAUAAUUCAAGGAACAUGCUAUUUUUUUAAUGUCUGUGAAGGGUGGGGUGUCUUGGUUAAUUUUUCGGUAACAUUUUACAAAAAGGUUCAAUUUGUUAACCUUAACUAAAAGUUAAUAGUUCACCCAAAAACUAAAAUUCUGUCAUAAUUUCUUCACCAUCAUGAUGUUUCCAAACCUGUUUUCUUUGCUGAAACACAAAUGAAGAAAUGUUCAUGUUCCACAGAAGAAAGACAGUAUCAUAAACAAACA